UGGAUGGGGCAAUAUAAUCCUAUCCUCACUAUUCCUUGAAUAUAAUAGAGAAAUCCACUGAUAUAUAUACACUGCAAAAAUGGGGAAGGGAAUUUCCUAUCCUAUCCUGCCGUCCUUCCUAAAAUAAAUACAAAAAAUUUGGAAAAAAUCAACUAUAAUAUAUAUUCUACAAUCCGGACAUAGUCAGUCAAUAUAGGUCAAUAUGUCUGUGAUCCUCUUGUUUGCCUUGUCUAUGUGAUUCUGUUGCUCAUCACCUUGUCUAGGUUUCGGGAUAUUUAAUUGCUCCUGUGCAGGGGUUACCUGAAGUGCUCAGAUCAAUGUGAGGGAAGGGAAAGGCAGGCCACGGAUUCGAGACGCUAGCUUGUUAAUUAUAGGCCUUGGACGUGCUGGAUGGGUGAGGGCUUCGAAAACUAAUCUUUUAUCGGUCCGUCCCAGCAGAAUGCAGCAGCUUGUUACUAUAUCGUCUGACUGAGUAGAAUUAGAAAACAACCAUUAGGAACUAUAAAUGAAUAGGUUUAUGUUUCUAUAUGUUUUUCGUCUCAAAUUUUGUGCGCGCACGCUUAAUCCUUCAAGUGUUUUAUUUAUAUAUUGACCGGACAGGGAACUCAUUAUAUGUACCAAGCAAUCUUGGCCUGCGAUUAGUUAAGAUUAGCGUACUUUCGUUAUUGUUUCUCUAAAAUGGUACAAUGUGCGGGUGCAUACGGCGUAUUUCAUUUCAAUUCAAUUGGUAUUUUUCUUUUUUGAGAUGAUAACUUGGCGUGUCUUCGUUUGAGGAAUUCAUUAAUGGUCUUACCUUGCCGUACGUUGAAUCAACAUUUAACGUGUGCAUGUGUAGGGGGAUAAUGGGGAAACAAACACUUUCCGAUGGUAAAGCGGCCAGUGGCGAAGCCGGAGCCUCGGACUCGAACGGCAGCACUGUUCUCCAAAUUCCAAGCAAGAGUAACCGGAACGGGCUCGUAAGUUCUCCUCCUCGGGCCGAUUCAAGGGAGUUGUCCCCCAACAUAAUGGACCCUGGGGGGCACAGAUUUAUGCCAACCACCGACGAAUUUAGCUGGGGACGUUCAAAUCCAAGGAGAAAGCAGCCAUGGCGUAUGACUCAGCCGCAAUCAAUCUCCGGAGCAGACACUCUCACCGGAACUUCCCAUGGACCACUGAUUCCGUUGAAGAGCCCAACUUCCAGAGCCUCUUCAGCCAAGAAGCCGUGCUGAGCAUGAUCAAAAACUGGUCCUACCCGUCCAAGUUUGUGAGUUAUCAUCGGGUCCGCUCCGAGAAGAAUGGCCGGUGUCGACUGGGCCCUGCAGGGCCAAACCCUGUUGUUGGCAUCCAGGCCGGUGAAGGAGGAGCUGGUUUCUUGUGCAGGCAGCUCUUUCAGAAGGAGUUAACGCCAAGCGACGUGGGGAAGCUCAACAGGCUCGUGAUCCCAAAGAAGUAUGCUGUCAAGUACUUCCCCCGAAUUUCUGGAAAGCAUGAUGAGGGCAACAGCAAGGAAGGUGGACCCGUGGUGGACAAUAUUCUUAUUUUCUAUGACAAAUUAAUGAGGAUGUGGAAGUCCCGGUAUUGCUAUUGAAACAGCAGUCAGAGCUUCGUCAUCACGAGGGGCUGGAGCCAAUUCGUGAAGGAGAAGGCCUCGAGAGCCAAUGACAGAGUGAGUUUCUAUCUCUGUGAGUGCACGGACGACCCGAUGAAGGAGAACCGGACAUUCUGCAUGAUUGAUGUAUGUAGAAGCCAAAGUGAACAGCUGAUAGGGGCAAUGGAUCGGAGGUCUUCGAUAGGGAACGAGGUAGAAGAGGUGAUCGAGGAGGAACCAGGGACCCCAGUUGGGAGUCCAAGUAAAGCCAACAAAGGUUUUAGGCUCUUCGGCGUGCAAAUCAACUAAGGGCUUGUGUUGGUCGCCCUUUAGCUAAUUAAUGUCCUGGUAGCUUUCUCCUUCGAUAGACUCUUCCUUCUUCCUUUCGGUUUCAUACUCCCUUGAUGGAGUUCCUUAAUUUCUAACGGGAGUCUCUCGUUUUCAGGACAAUUUGUGCAGUUCAUGCUUUCGAUUGAGCACUGAUAAUUCUUAUGGUAUCUCACCAAGAAAUCGUAUUCGACUUACUAAGCAUUAAUUACAACUACUACAUACAUCAAGGCAUAAUCCUACGGCAUAGAUUAAUUAUAAGCUGAGAUUUUGUGACAGUUGAGAGAAUAUUACCAGUGUUCUUCAGUUUCUUCCGAAGCCUUAAUUCGAUGAAUCCGAGGUUUCAGGAUCCUGUGUUUGUUGCUGUUCAGAAACACUGCGUUGUAACACUGAAAGGAAGCGGGCGGGAAAGAGUCUAUACAGUGACGGACUCAGGAUUUGAAUCUAGGGGUGGAGUCCUGGGAGUGUACAUUGGAAUGUAAAUUCCCAAAGUUAAGGUGGCGAAUAGCUGUAAUUACACAAAAAAUAUUAAGAAUAAUAUGUGCAUUUCCAUAGCGUGUGUCAAAAUUUUAGGGAUGACGACCGCCUCGGUCGGUUCAAUCCUUGACUCUAUGUCUCGGUAAAUUAAUCAAUAUCAACCAUAAGAUAUAAUUAAUAAUGUCCCUUG